AUGGCUGCCACCAGGAUAACGAAUCGUGAACUUCACAAGCACAAGUUCGUAUUCUAUGGGGCUGGAGCCGCAGCCACAGGGGUGGCGGAAUUGUGCGUGAAGCAGAUGACCGAGGAAGGUCUUAGCGAAGAGGAGGCAUGUGCCAAUAUCUAUUUGAUGGACAUAGAUGGGUUGAUCACGAAAAGUCGCAUCAAUAACUUGCAAGAUCGUCAUCUGAAGUUUGCCAAGGAUAUGCCUGACACGAAAAACCUGCUAGAAGUAGUAAAAACCGUGAAACCGGAUGGUAUCAUCGGUGCAUCCACUGUUGGAGGAUCGUUUUCGGAAGAAAUUAUCACCGAAAUGGCUCGUAUCAACCCAAGGCCUAUCAUAUUUGCCCUGUCGAAUCCUACAAGUAAAGCAGAAUGCACAGCAGAGGACGCUUAUCGAAUAACAAAUGGAUCUGUAUUAUUUGCAUCCGGGUCGCCAUUUGAAAAUGUGGAAAUGGACGGGAGAAUUUUCAAGCCGGGUCAAGGUAACAACGCGUACAUUUUCCCAGGUGUAGCACUUGGAGCGAUUCUUUUCAAGGCCAAACACAUACCGGACAAGGCUUUUUUACUUGCAGCACGUGUACGUUGA